UCCUCCGAACUCGCCAGUCUUAAGAUAAGGCUGCGCGCGGCUGUCCGCCAGAUCCCCGACUUCCCGUCCAAGGGCAUCCUGUUCGAGGAUAUCAUGCCCAUCUUCGCCGAUGCCUCCCUCCACGAAGCGCUGAUCCGGGCUCUCGAUCUCCACGUUUCCCAAACAUACGGCCCAGACGAGAAGCCAGACGUCGUGGUAGGAUUAGAUGCGAGGGGAUUCCUCUUUGGUCCCAGCCUGGCCAUGAGGAUAGGUGCCGGGUUUGCAGCUGUCAGGAAACAAGGCAAGUUGCCUGGGCCGUGUAUCACGGCGGGCUACGAGAAGGAGUAUGGCCAGGAUUUCUUCCAGAUGCAGAGCGAUGCGAUCAAACCCGGCCAGAAGGUGCUCGUGGUGGAUGACCUGAUUGCAACUGGUGGAUCUGCUGCCGCAGCCGGCUCUUUGGUCAAGCAGCUCGGAGGCACCCUCGUUGGCUACGUCUUCAUCCUCGAACUCGACUUCCUCAAAGGCCGCGACAAGCUCGACGCUCCCGUUUACACUCUCCUCUCGAGCCAGUAA